GUACAGCUGAAAUAAUCAUGUACUGUCUUCCACAAACAAAAGGCUCUCUCCUCUAACUCGCAGAGCGAACUCCAAUUUCCGUUGUUUAUCCAAGCUCUUCCCGGAAAAUCCUUUGGGAUGGAGAUUGCUACUACAAGGUGUUGUCUUGACAAGCAAGUCUCAUGGUUUUCAUCGAACCUGAGAGCAUUGGACGGGGGAAAUGCCCCUGGAUUUCCUUAUAAUUUGACCGACAGGAAAUUAAAGACUAAUAAUAAAAUGUUGGCUUAUCUGAGUAUAGAUUCUGCUAGAAAGCAACAAAAAAGCCCUAUUGUCUGCAAGACACGUACCAUGCCUGUUGGUCUGGAGGAAUCCUCAUCCCUACAGUCAGAAGAUUCUUUUAGUGAAGAUGAGCAUGCCUCUGAAGAUUCACCUGAGCAACCCCUUGCUAAACCACUAAGCAAUGACGAGUUGAAAUCCCUGCUGGCUGACUCUGAGAGGGCAAAGCUCACCAAAAAACUAAGUGAAGCUAACCAGCAAAACCGCUUCCUCAAACGACAGUUAUAUGACAAGGAAGAUGAGCUACUUAAUUUCAAAAGUGAACUUGCAGUCAUGGAACUGGAAAUUCAGGCGUUAGUCUCACUGGCAGAAGAAAUAUCUAAAGCUGGCAUUCCUGAAGGUUCUAGAAAAAUUAAUGGGAGAUACAUUCAGUCUCAUCUUCAUGCUCGCUUAGAAGCUGUACUCGAGAAAUUGAAGGAAAAAAUAAAGGAUGUAGAUGCUGCACAGUCGAAGGAAGUUCCAUUGUUCUGGUGUGGCAUGGCAGAAAGUGUACAAGUUCUGGGGUCAUUUGAUGGAUGGAGUCAAGGGGAACACUUAUCACCAGAAUACACUGGUUCAUUCACCAAGUUCUCCACCACAUUAUUGCUGAGACCCGGAAGGUAUGAAAUCAAGUUCUUGGUGGACGGAGAGUGGCACCUAUCACCAGAAUACCCAACCAUUGGUGAGGGAUUAAUGGAAAAUAACUUGCUCGUUGUAGAGUAGAGCCUAUGAUACCUGGACUUCAGACUUGUGUGUGUUGAAUGUGGGUAUGUAUCAGACCGAUAUUUAAAAAAAUAAAAGCUUUUUUCAUA